AUGAGUCAUAGAUAUUCGCGACGCAAUAACUUUUCGCAAUACACUAACUUUUCGCGACAUAGUAACUUUUCGCGACCGCUGCAACAUAUUCAUCGUCGUCACAUCCCUGUUGCUGAUGAACUCUGUCAUCUUUCUUCUACGAUUAGUAGAUCAAGCUACAAAACGUCGUAUCAAGCAGACUUUGAAGGAAAAGACUUCAGUAAAGUCUAUCCAAAACGUCUUUCCCUGCCGCCUGGAAAUCUCUCCCUUGUCGUCAACGCACACUGUAUAGCGAGUAUGAAGAAGGCUGAUGUAAUAUGUAACACUAAAACAGACAAAGAUAAUCAAACAAGUGUUCCACCUGAUGCAUCGAUGGUGGGACUCGAAACUUGCAAGAAAAACACGUUUGAAAAACAAGCCUCAAUGAUUUGUAAAACGCGGUAUGGAAAAAAUAAAUCAAAAGAUUUUCCGGCUAUUGGAAUUGUUCCAGGCGAAAACUUCAAACAAAUUGAAGAUCAUUGGUUGCCAGGUUUAAGAUAAUUUGUAUAAUUGCGAUAGUGAUUAACGUUUUUAAAUAAAGCAUAUAACGUAUGAUCACCACAGGGGAACUAGCUCAGAUGGUAGAGCGUCCGAUUCGCAUUCGGAAGGUACCGGGAUCGAUACCCGGGUUCUCCAUAACUUUUUUCAAGUUUUUAAUUUUACCAAAAAUUAUUUACAAUUUUUUUUGUUUUAACUAAAUAAAAUUCUUAGAUGUCUUAAAAUAACAGUUUUAGAUGUUUUAAAGAAAAGUAUAUUUUCAAAA